GGAGAUAAAAUAGUAGUAGUGCACCUAUAUGUCCACGGCCGACUUGUAGUAGUGCACUCAGGUGUCCUCCGCCGGGGGAUUAGUACAGUGCCCAAUAGGCGCGCGGGGCAACCUAAAUCAGGAAGGGUUUAGCCUCUUUCUGACUUUUGAGGAUGCGAUUUUGAACCUAGGGUUACAAAUAAUACUCUGGUUCUACUUCUAUCCCAAAAAUUAAGAGGGAAAAAGAAAAAAAGAAGAAGAAGAAGAAGAGAAAGGGAAGGAAUUGAACUUCAGAAAAUGUCGAAAAGAAAGUUCGGUUUCGAAGGUUUCGGCAUCAAUCGCCAAGCAACCUACAACUUCGAACGCUCACAGGCCCCUCAGCGGCUUUACGUCCCGCCAUCCGCUCGCUCCAGUAGCGGCGGCCACGACAAUUAUGAAGAUACUGACUUAGACAAUAUCGAGUACGACGACCGGGACGUCGACCACAACAACAACAACAAUGAUAACGGCACUGGUGUCAAUGACGAAAUCGAUCCUCUGGACGCUUUUAUGGAGGGGAUUCAUGAGGAGAUGAGGGCUCCGCCGCCUCCCAAACCCAAAGAUAGGUUGGACAAGUACAAGGAUGACGAGGAGGAUGACGAUGAUCCAAUGGAGAGUUUUCUGAAAGCUAAAAAAGAUGUAGGGUUGCAAUUAGCUGCUGAUGCUCUUCACGCCGGCUAUAAUUCGGAUGAGGAAGUUUAUGCUGCCGCCAAGGCAGUGGAUGCCGGUCUUAUCGAGUAUGAUUCUGAUGAUAAUCCGAUUCUUCUUGAUAAGAAGAAGAUUGAGCCUAUUCCAGCUUUGGAUCAUAGCUCCAUAGACUACGAACCAUUUAAUAAGGACUUUUAUGAAGAAAAAGCUUCCAUUUCAGGUAUGAGUGAGCAGGAUAUUGCCGAUUACAGGAAGAGUUUAGCUGUUCGUGUUUCUGGUUUUGAUGUUCCUAGGCCUUUAAAGAUGUUUGAAGAUUGUGGAUUUUCGGCUGAGCUCAUGAAAGCUAUUGCAAAACAAGCGUAUGAAAAGCCUACCCCAAUACAAUGCCAAGCUUUGCCUAUUGUGCUUUCCGGGAGGGACAUUAUUGGUAUUGCAAAAACUGGUUCAGGAAAGACUGCUGCUUUUGUUCUUCCCAUGAUUGUCCAUAGUAUGGAUCAACCAGAACUUGCAAAAGAAGAAGGUCCUAUUGGAGUAAUAUGUGCACCAACUAGAGAACUAGCACACCAGAUAUAUGUGGAGGCAAAGAAAUUUGCAAAACCACAUGGCAUCCGUGUAUCUGCAGUUUAUGGUGGGAUGUCCAAGCUUGAUCAGUUCAAGGAACUCAAGGCAGGAUGUGAGAUUGUUGUUGCCACACCAGGGAGACUGAUAGACAUGCUUAAAAUGAAGGCCUUGACAAUGCUGAGAGCAACAUACUUGGUCCUUGAUGAGGCUGAUCGGAUGUUUGACCUGGGAUUUGAGCCACAGAUAAGGUCUAUUGUUGGUCAGAUUAGGCCAGAUCGCCAAACUUUACUCUUUUCAGCAACCAUGCCUCGAAAAGUUGAAAAGCUUGCUAGAGAAAUACUGACUGAUCCUAUUCGAGUCACUGUAGGGGAGGUGGGUAUGGCAAAUGAGGAUAUCACUCAGUUUGUCCAGGUGAUUCCUUCUGAUGCUGAGAAGUUGCCUUGGCUUCUUGAGAAGCUCCCUGGACUCAUUGAUGGGGGUGAUGUUUUAGUUUUUGCAUCCAAAAAGGCCACAGUGGAUGACCUUGAAUCACAGUUGGCUCAGAGAGGGUUUAAAGUUGCAGCUCUGCAUGGUGACAAAGACCAGGCUUCUCGUGUAGAAGUACUGCAAAAGUUUAAAUCUGGAACUUACCAUGUUCUUAUUGCAACUGAUGUUGCUGCUCGCGGUCUUGACAUCAAGUCAAUUAAGUCGGUGGUUAACUUUGAUAUAGCUAAGGACAUGGACAUGCAUGUUCAUAGAAUUGGAAGAACUGGUCGCGCGGGAGACAAAGAUGGUACUGCAUAUACUCUCAUCACACAGAAGGAGGCACGGUUUGCCGGCGAAUUGGUCAACAGUUUGAUUGCUGCUGGUCAGAAUGUAUCUGUGGAGCUAAUGGAUCUUGCUAUGAAGGAUGGGAGGUUCAGAUCCAAACGUGAUGCUCGAAAAGGAGGUGGGAAAAGGACUAAAGGAAGGGGAGGUGGAGGAAGAGGUGUACGUGGUGUGGAUUAUGGUCUGGGUAUUGGAUAUAGUGCAGAAUCAAGUAGUUUAUCAUCCUCCUCUGCUGCAGUUCCAAAUCGAUCUGUGGCAGUCAAUUCAUUGAGAACAGGGAUGAUGUCACAGUUCAAAAACAACUUUGUUGCUGCAUCAUCAAAUUCCCAAAAUGAAGGUGUAAACAGCAGUUCAAGCAUGUAUGCAAACAAGAGGACGGUCUUAUCGGGCUUUGUUUCUGGUGGGACAAUUGGUGGGAAUACUGGCAGUGCUCAGACAACUGGUUCAGCAGGUGCUGCAACAAUACCGAGCGGGAAUAAUGCUGCAGGAAUUGCAAGAGAUGAUGCAAUACGAAAGAACUUAGAAAGUUCCAAGGAAAGACCAAGAGAAAGGCGGAGGCCCUCUGGCUGGGAUCGUUAGUUAAUACACAGUUUGUUGGCUACUUGAUUUUGAAGGUCUUGGUUAGUCAAUCUUGUUUGUAUGCGUAUUCAUUGUAAGUUAUUUGUGCUUAUCCCUGGUAUUUUGUUUAUUACAUUGUAUUUAUCCAUCCCGAACCCUUUUAACACUGUAACUCUUUAGUCUUUAAGACCAGGUAAAUCCUCUCUCAUUUCUCUCUCU